AUGAGAAAUCUGGGGCGGGUCGUUCUUGGAGCACUCGCGGCUGCUUUGAGAAAUCCGGGGUUGGCUGUUAGGGGUGACUUUGCAAAGGCAUUGAAAUAUGUACGAGGCUUAAUCGACUUCCACUUAAUGGCUCAGUAUGGGAGUCAUAUGAUGAGCACACUGAAUUAUAUGGAGAGCUAUCUCGAGGAUUUCUAUAAGCACAAGGAUAUCGUUUUAGAAUUCCGGGCGUACAAGAGGACGGUUAAGGAUGCGAGAAAUCGGACAAAAGCCUUAAAUGCCUCAGGCUCCCAGAGUUCUCAGCGAAACUCAGAGAAGAUUUGCGAGAUACGAGAAAGGUCUCACUUCAACUUCAUCAAAUUGCACAUGUUAUCGCACUAUCGGGAACUUGUCGAGCGUUUUGGAAGCAUUCCCCAGUACUCCACCGAUAUCAGCGAACUUGCCUAUAUACGUCAGAUAAAGGAGGCAUACGGAGCAUCCAACAAGGUCGAUGCUGCAACGCAGAUACUGGACUAUGAGAGAGGGGGGGUUGGCGUUAGAGAUUCGAAUGCUGAAUCUGAAAGACAUUGUUGGAGGUCCUGA